CAUACGCGCGCAGCUCGCGAGCGAGAAGAAACGCGACAUGACGGUCGCUGAAUACUUCGCCAAGAUGAAGGGCUAUGCCGACACCAUGGCAAGUGUUGGGCAUCCUCUGGAGGAUGACGAGAUCAUCAGCUACAUCAUAGCUGGCCUCGGCGAGGACUACGACGCGCUCAUGGCCUCGCUCACCGUCAUCAACACUCCGGUAACUCUCACAGAUUUCUACUCGUUUCUGUUGAGCUAUGAGGCACGUCAGAAUAUGCGUGCAAAUUCUCGUGAUGACUUCUCCUCCUCCGCCAACAACGUCGCCCGCACCGGCUCCAACAACACCAACAACCAGCGCAACACCAACAACAAUGGCGGUGGCUACCGCGGUAAUCGUGGUGGCGGUGGCUAUGCUAAUCGCGGCGGUGGCUAUCCCAAUCGCGGCGGUGGCUAUGCCAAUCGCGGUGGUGGCCGCGGGCGUGGCAAUGGAGGAAAUCGCUUCCACACUAGGUGCCAGGUAUGCGACAAGCCUGGGCACGAGGCGCUGCGAUGCCGCGAGCGCUUCAACCAUGCAUUCCAGGCCAGCGACCCCGCUCCCGGCCAUGGUGGCUACCAUGGUGGCGGGAAUCAUGCUGGCUAUCACGCCGGCUAUCAUGCUGGCCACGGUGGCUAUCAUCACGGACAUGGUGGCUAUGGACAUGGAGGCUAUCAGCAGGGUGGUGGCUCUCACUAUGGCGGCUACUACGGUGGCUAUGGAGCCAGCUCUUCUAGCGGGGACCCCCAUUGGUACAUGGACACAGGGGCCACUGAUCACCUCACCUCCGAGCUCGACCGUAUGACUAUGCAUGAGCGCUAUCAUGGGCGCGAUCACGUUCAAGUCGCCAAUGGAUCAGGACAAGGCCACGAGGAGAAUUCUGCUCCACGGUAGGAGUCGUGGUGGACUCUACCCUAUUCCGCUUGAUCGAGCUUCGCCUUCAUCCUUCCGUCAAGCCUACUCUGGUGUUCGCGUCUCCUCCGAUCAAUGGCAUCAACGUUUAGGACAUCCCUCCAAUAAUGUCGUCGAGUCGAUUGUUAGGUCAAAUAAAUUUUCAAGUGGUGUCGUUUCUGAGUCUUUCGUUUGUGAUGCGUGUCAACGUGCAAAAAGUCAUCAAUUACCAUAUACUUUAUCAUCUCGAAUAA